UGCGUCAUUGACAAGCGACGCCGCGUCGCAACAGGAAGUGCCUUUUGUUCAGUUGGCUUUCAUGUGAGUUAAAGAACAACAAAAUGUUUAAUGACAGCGAGUUGGCGACGCUUCGGAACAGAUUUAAAAGAGAUGCGGAGCUGCUCAUGCAAACGACGACGUCGACCGGUGAUGGUGAAACGAGUCAGGAUGAAAAAGAGCUGAAACCCCUCCCUCGCAUCAACAAACACUCCAUUUUCUGGAUUGUGGCAUCAGUAGUUGUGACCUACUAUACAGAUUUCCUGCAUGUCAUUAUGGAGAGUGAUGAUGUUAAAAGCUGGUGGUUUAAUGUCGGCCUGAUACUCCUUGGGAUCUGCUUGUCUCUGGCCAUGUUCUGCAUUGUGUACCUGGAGUGGUUCAAAGGCAUUCAACAUUAUGACCAAAAGUUCCCUGCCAUUCCUCCCAUUACCACUGCAGCCUUUAUUGCUGCAUCCUGCAGCUUUAAUAUUGCACUGUGGCCAGUGUGGUCCUUCUUCACUCCAGUAAUCCUCUCCACGCAGUUCAUGGGCGUUGUCAUGUUUAUCUCUCUGCUUGGAUGAAUGAUCAAAAGGGUUUACAAGAUCUUUGGAAAAGAACCAGGCCCACAGCAGCAUAGAAUCUCUACCGUACUAAACAGUGGUAAUUAGGCGCGUUUCUAUAUUUUCAUCCUUAUUUUUUACAUCAAACCUUCCAUCAGUGUUUUUGCAGGAAAGCUUGACUUAUAUCGAAUCUGAUUAAAGCACGUGGCUCCAGUUAAAGUUACAGUAAACUUUUGCUAAAUCCUCAUGAUAAUGUUUAUGAUGGACAGAAAAGGUUUUUUUCCUGGUAUCGAUCCUAAACAGCCAGUGUACACAGAAAUGGUUGUAUUUCCUUUUUAUUCUUUCUGAUCUCACUUUUAACAUUCUUAUUUUAGAUUCUGUUCGUAAAAUUUUUGUCUACCUCUGUCUCCUCAUCAGCAUUAACACAACUGUGUUUCCUCAAUCCUUCAAACCAACAUCACCUCUGUUAACGGCACAUUUUGCAUAAAGUAUUUUUUACCUUUUCCAAGCUCAUUGUUUCUCUUGUUUGUUUGUCUGGUCAUUGUUGUUGAUUUAUUUAUUUGUUAUUACCUUCACCUUGAUUAUCUUACGUACAUUCUUCUUGCCCUCAUUGUGCAUGAAAAGUGCUCUAUAAAUAGAGACUAAUUGGCUGAUUGAUAUUUAAACCUGUUUGGCCCCUGAGUAUGGAGGACCGAUCCUGACAAAAUAAAAAAUAAAAGCAGAAAUAUA